AUGUCAGACCUGCAAGAUGCACUGCUGGUGAGCACGGAGGGCAUCAAGAAAACUAUCCUUCAUGGAGGAACCGGAGACAUCCCCAAAUUCUCCACAGGGACCAAGGUGACGUUCCAUUUCCGGACGCAGUUGUGUGACGAGGAGCGGACAGUGAUCGAUGACAGUAAAGUGGUGGGGACGCCCAUGGAGAUCGUGGUGGGAAACAUGUUUAAGAUGGACAUCUGGGAGACACUGCUGGCUUCUAUGAGGCUGGAGGAGGUGGCCGAGUUCUGGUGUGACACAGUUCACACUGGCGUUUAUCCACUCGUGGCCAAAAGCAUGAGACGGAUCGCGGAGGGCAAAGACCCGGUGGAGUGGCAGGUGCACACAUGUGGGAUGGCCAACAUGUUUGCGUACCACAGCCUUGGAUACUCCGACCUGGAUGAGCUCAUGAAGGAACCCAAGCCCCUGUACUUUGUGUUUGAGUUGAUCAGGGUCCAGCAGCCAAACGAGUACAACAGGGAGUCAUGGGCGCUGAACGACGAGGAGAGGUUGAAGAUGGUGCCAGUUCUGCAUGGCCAGGGCAAUAAGCUCUACAAGCAGGGCCACUAUCCAGAGGCAGGGCAAAAGUACAAAGAAGCUAUUAUCUGCCUGAAAAACAUACAGACCAAGGAGAAAGCAUGGGAGGUUCCAUGGCUGAAGCUGGAGAAGAUGUCCAACACGUUAACGCUGAACUACUGCCAGUGUCUGCUGUGCAUGGAGGAGUACUAUGAGGUCAUCGAGCACACCAGUGACAUCAUCAACCAGCACCCGGGAGUGGCCAAGGCGUAUUACCUGAGAGGAAAAGCCCAUAAGGAGGUGUGGAAUGAGGCAGAGGCCCGACAGGACUUCAACAGAGUGUUGGAGUUUGAUCCUGGUAUGAAGAAGGCUGUGAAGAAGGAGCUGGCCGUUCUGAAUAUGCGCAUGGAGGAGAAGAACCAGGAGGACAGGCAGAAUGGUGCAAAUAAGAGCGACUCGAGGAUGGAAGACGGAGAGGGGGAUGAGGAGGAGAGGAUAGCGGGCUGUGUGCCAGACUGUCCCGCAGGAGCGCAUCAAACACCAGAGCACGCUCGGUCACAGGAGGAGUCUGAGGUCAUCUGGAAUCAUCUGAACAAGAAUGUGAAGAAAGUAAUCGCAAGUAUGAUAAAUUUGAAUAGAUCAACCAGAGCAUCCACAGUGUAA